AUGAUUCCCUGUGAGGAUAUUGUAUUUCCCACAGGAACGGCAAAUCCAGGGAAUAGAAACAGAUGCAGGAUAACCCUGGACUUGAUCAUCAAAGUUCAGCUCCUCAGGCUGAACUUGUCUGAUAAGAACCCCAGGAGCAAGAAGGAAGCUGAGAAGAAAUUUAAAGAAAUUUUGGAAGCACAAGAGGUUUUGUCUGACCCUCAGAAGCGAUUGUUGUAUGACAAGUCUGUUGAGAACAGAGUCAACAGGGGGUUUGAUGGCUUCUUUCGUUCUCCUCAUGUAUUCUCCCAUCAAGAAGAGUUCUUUGGAGGGAGGGAUCCAUUUGCAUAUAUUUUCUAGAACCCCUUUGACAUCAGAAUCAAUGGUGAAAACCAGCACAAUACAAGCAGAAGAGGAGGAAGCUCCAGCCCAUGUACUUCCUAUAGGGAGUAAUUUAUGCCAUGGAAUUCAUUCAGUCACAGAAAGCUCUGCGCCUACACCUUUAGUGAAACCACAGUUAGGCCACAUGGUCCCACAACAAUGGUUAGCUGUACUAAAGUGAUCAAUGGCAAGACAAUCACCACCUGGCCAAUCUUUGAGAAUGGGCAUGAGAGAAAGGAAAUGGAAGAAGAUGGCCAGCUGAAGUCUGUGAAAAUCAAUGGGACAGAGAUCCUGAAUUCUUAA